UCACAGAGAUCACAAGACACAGACACGGACAGAGAUUCAAGAUUUAUAAGAUGGCCGACGCUGGUGGUGGUAACAAGCAUUUGUGUGGUCACUGUAGUGAAAAUAUUAAAUCUGAUGAUGGUGCUAUUAUGUGUGGUGUUUUUUGUAAUAAGUGGUAUCACUCAAAAUGUGUGAACAUUUCUUCGAGUGACCUCCGCAAAAUCGAUGAGCUGGGAGAUAACUCUAGAUGGUUUUGUACGACCUGCAGUUUUAGGUUAGGAAAGCUACGUGAGAGGAACAUUGAUUUGAGUAGUCUUUUAGACUUUAAUUACAAAUUUAGCCAAUUUUCAGAAAAACUCAGUGUAGUUGAACAGGAUAAUGUUAAAAUGCACGAAAAGUUGGAUACUAUCUUGGCUUUAUUAUUAAACAUGAAAGGUAAUGAAUUUGUUGACGGCGAAUCAAUUCCAAGCAUGACGGUUGGUUCUAAUUUGAAGAGUCGAAAAAAGUCGAUAGUGACUAUCAAUCUUGUAGACAAAACUCAAAAAAACACAGAAUCCUCUACAAACAAAAAAUCGACUUCUCGGUCUGCUAAUCAAUUUGCAAAUAAUGUGUUUUCAUCAAGUGACUGUGAGGUAACUGAGGUUAUGAUUCACAAUACACAAAAACAGCAACUAUUGGUGAUUGAUGAAAACGUUGAGGAAAAUAAUUCCUUAAUUGCCGCUAAUAAUAUGGUUGGAAAUAAUACUGCUAUUGAGAAUAUUGCUAGUACUCCGAAUGACAAUGACUGUUCUUCAGUGGUUAGGAAAAAAGGAAUGGCUGAAAUCGAUGAACGCGCAGUGGCAGCGGCUGUGCAGGAACAGCCAGCCAGGGCGUCUGUAAAGCUGCCUGGAGAGAGAGCAGGCACCUUUGUAUACGGUGACGGCCACGGCUUUUAUUAUCACUCUGAAGGAGUGCGUUAUAACAAAAGAUUUCUAAGAUGCAUCAAGAAGAAGAAUAUGAGUUGCCUGGCUAGGGCUUCGAUGAGUCUAGAGGAAGGUGCACCAAUCAUGGCGACAUACGCCAGCCCAUUCCACAAUCAUUUUCCUGAUGAAGCCAAAGGUGAGACAAUGGUAUUCAUGGCCACUUUGAAGGAGAAGGCCAGAAACGAGGAGGAGCUGAAAGUAUCCCAAAUCUUUGAUCAGGAGGCAGUCAGGAAUCCACUAGCUGCUAUAGCUGUUUCCUCGUCAAACGCAAAGAAGGCCAUGAAACGCUUGAGGGCUAUCCCUCGUACUCCUGAACAGAUAAGGGAGAAAAUGAAGCUUCCCGGUCGUAAGGGGUUGAGAACAACAAAGGGACUGAAGCAAAAUUCCCUAAUUGAUGUGGCUAUCAAUCUGCCAGUCGAAGGAUCGUCGAGCUCUUGAGACGGCAUCCCUGGCAAGCAUCCCCAGUAAUGAUGGAUUCACCAUAUACAUGUGAUUUACAUGGACAUUAUUUUUCAGUUGAUCCGUGCUUGGAUUCUAGUCGUUUUAAUUUCUGCUACAUUCGUAAAUACCAGAUGGGACAUCGCGGUUGGUGUGCAACACGCAGUGGAGCUGCUGUCGACCGAUGAAGUCGGAUCUGAUGGGCAGAAACCGAAGCGAUCUGAUCGACAAGGUGGACCGAUCGAUCGGCCUUUUCGUCGACCAACUGACCUCUCGACUCUACUGGACCGAAGAGCAGACGUCUGGCAUCCGUCACCGCACGAAAGUGACACGUCAAUGGACUCAAUCGCAAGGUUCAUGCCGAAUUGAGCUAUUUGCCAUUGUCAGUGGUUGUAGUGCAGAAGAAAAUCUGUUGGCUUGAAAGUUUCUCCAGGAAAGCUCUGUUCAGCAUCGAUAUUCUCCACAACGAAUCCAAUACCUCCAAAGUACAGCCAAAACUUUUGAGAAAUUUCAGAAGCAUUUCAUUCGGUAUCAUCACUUCUCAGCAGGACUCUAAUCUUGCAAGCAAGGAGUGCAAAACCAUCGCUGACAAAAAGAAACAGAUAGAAGAAGAACGAAAGAAUAAGCUGAAGAGUCACGUGGCCGUGCAUUUCGAGAACAAGGAGCUGCUGUCCAAGUUCGACUUCUGCCUGAACUACGGCACCCUGGUGGCCGACAAGGCCGAGUGCCUGUGCCCCGAGGGCAUCUGUGAAACUCCUUGCUUCGAACCAGACUUCCGUAAGCCGUCAGGAAAAGACAACAACAACAAGGAGGAGAAGCGCAACCUGCUGGGAGGAAUCGAACUGCCUCCCGACGAUCUCUACUGACGACGCAACAGUCUUCCGGCCUGCUUCGUGGCCCAAAGCCAAAGCGUAAUUUCCUUUUUUCAAUUUUGUGAUUGUUGUGUUUAUCUGGACAUCAAAUAAGCAUGGGAUAAUACGUCAUUUAUAACUUACAUUUUUUUACACUGUAUUUGCGUAAAAUUCUUUCUUGAAAUGUAGUGUUUCAAAAAUCGCGACUGCAGUUGAGUACCAUCAAUGAAUAUGGUUGUAUAACUUCUAGCUGAUUCAUUAGUAUCAACUAAAUUUUUUGUUAUAAUUUUUCUCACAAUAUUUUUUUUUCUGACGAUUUUGCGUUGAUAAGGUAAUAGUUCAAAAUCAGCUUAAUCCCGGUUUAUUCUGAUCUAAAAAUAGAAGUUAAUUUAAAGUGUCCCACAGUAUUUUCAGUGGGAAAUAACGUUUUAUUGUAUUAAAGAUGGAGAUUUCUCUAUCUAGGUUCUUAUCAAUAAUCCUAAUAAUCUAUUCUAUUUGCUGGUUUUAAAUAACAGAGUAAAAAUAAUUUCAAAAAUCUUGGGAUAAGAUUUGAGUCUUAGCAAUAACACUUAGUGCCUUUAUCUUGUAUACAGAACAUUCUUGAACACAUUGAUCUCACGAAACGAGAUGUACCGUACGGACUAUUCAAUCAUUUCAAAUUUCCAAGACUUUUACUUUUUCAUUCUUCAAGUUUCGUCAUGCUUACAGACAAUCCAGGUCACUGAUAAAUUGAUAUAGCCUACUGUACCUCGAUUUCAAUUAAAUCGGAAUAUUGUCAUAUUACAGUGAAAAAAAUUAUAAUCUUUCCUAUAAUUAUACUGUACUCGAAAAAGUACGUUAAAGCACAAUUUUGAUAAUUGAAAGUCAUAUUUUAUUUCAGUUUGAAUUAUUCAAUAAAAUAUCUCGUUCACGUGUAAAUUAAAUUGUGUUGUUUCUCUUCUACAUAGUAUUUUUGAUGAACACAAUAAAUAUUUUUAGACUGAA